AUGACAAGACAGCUGAGGAGCGAUACAGCUCAAGAUGUGCGCAGUGGCCAUUUCUGCACGCAGCGAAAUUCGUGCUAUUUUAAAGCACUACUAAUUAAGACUGCCACAGUGCGGGACAACCGAGUCACCUGGCGCCUCCUGGAGAGGGGCGGGCUGAGCGGGGAGAGGUCAGCCUCACCUUCAGAUCUAAGAGAACUGGUGUUCUUGCGGCGCUACUCGCUGUGGGACUGCCUCUGGAUCCUGGCCGCCGUGGCCGUGUACUUCGCGGACGUGGGCACGGACAUCUGGCUCGCCGUGGACUACUACCUGCGCGGCCAGCGCUGGUGGUUCGGGCUCACGCUGUUCUUCGUGGUGCUGGGCUCGCUCUCCGUGCAAGUGUUCAGCUUCCGCUGGUUCGCGCACGAUUUCAGCACCGAGGACAGCGCCGCGGCCGCGGCCACCGCCUCCAGCUGCCCGCCGCCCGGAGCCGACUGCAAGACGGUGGCCGGCGGAGGGGCCGCAGCCGGGGAAGGCGAGGCUCGCCCCUCCACGCCGCAGAGGCAAGCAUCCAGCGCCAGCAAGAGCAACAUCGCGGCCGCCAGCAGCGGCGGCAACAGCAGCGAGGCCGCCCGGGCCGGCGGCAGACGCAGGUCUGCGUCCUGCUCCUUCUGCGUCUGGCUCCUGCAGUCGCUCGUCCACAUCUUGCAGCUCGGGCAGAUCUGGAGAUAUUUCCACACCAUAUACUUAGGCAUCCGGAGCCGGCAGAGUGGAGAGAACGACAGGUGGAGGUUUUACUGGAAAAUGGUGUAUGAGUAUGCCGAUGUGAGUAUGCUGCAUUUGCUAGCCACCUUUCUGGAAAGUGCUCCUCAGCUGGUCCUGCAGCUCUGCAUUAUCGUACAGACUCAUAGCUUACAGGCCCUCCAAGGUUUCACAGCGGCAGCCUCCCUCGUCUCCCUGGCAUGGGCCCUGGCCUCCUACCAGAAGGCCCUGCGGGACUCGAGAGACGAUAAGAAGCCCAUCAGCUACAUGGCCGUCAUCAUCCAGUUCUGCUGGCACUUCUUCACCAUCGCCGCCCGAGUCAUCACCUUCGCGCUCUUCGCCUCCGUUUUCCAGCUGUACUUUGGUAUCUUCAUCGUUCUCCACUGGUGCAUCAUGACCUUCUGGAUCGUCCACUGUGAGACGGAGUUCUGUAUCACCAAGUGGGAAGAGAUUGUGUUCGACAUGGUGGUGGGGAUCAUCUACAUCUUCAGCUGGUUCAACGUCAAGGAGGGCAGGACACGCUGCAGGCUGUUCAUUUACUACUUUGUGAUCCUUCUGGAAAACACAGCGCUGAGUGCGCUCUGGUACCUGUACAAGGCUCCCCAGAUAGCAGAUGCAUUUGCCAUCCCGGCGCUCUGCGUGGUGUUCAGCAGCUUUCUCACUGGCGUGGUUUUCAUGCUGAUGUAUUACGCCUUUUUUCACCCCAAUGGGCCCAGAUUUGGGCAGUCCCCGAGUUGUGCUUGUGAGGACCCCGCCGCUGCCUUCUCUCUGCCUCCAGAAGUGGCCACAAGCACCCUCCGCUCCAUCUCCAACAACCGCAGCGUCGGCAGCGAGCGGGAUCAGAAGUUCGCGGAGCGCGAUGGGUGUGUGCCUGUCUUCCAGGUGCGGCCCACCGCCCCGUCCACCCCAUCGUCUCGCCCACCGCGGAUUGAAGAGUCGGUCAUUAAAAUUGACCUGUUCAGGAAUAGGUACCCAGCCUGGGAGAGACACGUGUUGGACCGAAGCCUACGAAAGGCCAUUUUAGCCUUUGAAUGUUCCCCAUCUCCUCCACGGCUGCAGUACAAAGACGAUGCCCUUAUUCAGGAGCGGCUGGAAUAUGAAACCACUUUAUAAAAUGAAAGGACUGCCAGAGCCGCUUUGUUCAGAGGAAGGGGUGACGGAGGGGCUGUGGCCAUGACGACAUUUCAUCCUAAGUAGGGCAACGAGCGUGAUGUUCUCAGUCUGACCAUCCUCAUCAUUGUGCAUUGAUCUUCCAUCAGCUGACUGCCUAUUGCCGGGCUCCUUUCAAACUAGCAGCGCUGAGAGCCUCUUUCUCCACCUGAAGGAGCCAACACCAGUUUCCUAAGACUGUUGCUACCAACUCCUCCUGAAGCCUGGGAGCGCAUCCGAGGGUACUAUUAUUAUGGAAAAUGUCUCCAGUCAAUAGGGUGUUUUGAUGGAGUUUAUUGAUUUUUGCAUAAAGAUAUAUUCAUACAUUCACUAACACACACACACACACACACACACACACACUAGUCCUCUGUUAAAAUAGCUUAGGCAUUUUUUUUAACUCAAAGCUCUGAUUUCCACAGGAAUAUAAGAAUAAAGAGAGAGAAAAUGUAUCCCUCAAGACUCCAGGAAAAAACUAAUACUCCUUAGAAAAGAAAUCAUAAACCAUUGUCUCAUUUGGAAGCCAAUACCAUGUGUGAAAAAGCUCACCCAGUGGACAGCAAACUCAAGUGUGUUUACACGUGUAUGAGCAUUGAUGGAAUGGUUCAUUUUCUACACAUUUCCGGAUUUGUUUCUUAUUUUCAAUUCUCAGUUGAGAACAUCUUUUAUGACAGAAAUCCUAUGCAGCACAUGUAUAGCUUUCAACAAGACCAAGGAGCUCGAUAACUUCGUGACAUAAAUGAAAUGAUAAUCAUGAUUCAGUAUUCAAUUGCAAAUUUUAAUACACACACAAAGAGAGAGUUGGGGGAGGCAAAAUGAGAAUCCAAUUCCCAGGUAGGUGCAGCUCACCCUGGAAUGUAAGGGGAAGAAACAGGUCGGUCGCAAGUGGCUGCUCUGAUGCGAGUGAGUGGCUCACCCAGUGUGCACAUGGGCAAGUGUGAUUCCAGAAGACGCCAUGCCACAUCCUUCUAGUGCCAAACUCCAUCCAACCACAGGACUGACAUGGGAGCCCCAACAACUGAGAGUAUGUGGUACGAGCCUCCCAAAAGCAGACAAGAGGAUGAACAGUCAAGUUCUCCACGGUGUACAGACUUACCCAUCCCCAAGCCAAGGUCAAAGUGAUGUGUCUUUUAGAGGCUUUGGGGUCCUUUAGUAAGUAUGAGCAUAAAAUACAGUGAAUACGCUACGAGGAGGCCCUCUGAACUGCUUGAGGGCUUAUCACUAUAUCCAGCUAAGAUUUAUAUUUGAAUCAUCUGUAAAGUCGUACUCUUACAAGCUUCUGGUUUUAAAUACCUCUGUCCAGCAAGUAACAUUCCCUGCUUUCUGUUCUCAGUGUCCUUGGUCAUGGUGCUUUUUGUUGCAUUAAAAGUGCCGGUCAAACUUUGAUAGUAUUUUUUUAUAGUUGGUGCAGAGUGGAAUAACUCAUGGAUUAUUUCAAUAUUUUUGUAAUAAAAUAUAUAGGGUAUGCAUAUAGGCAUUAUCACUUUUUUUAUAGACCUGGAAUUACUUAAAAUACUUUAAGCAUCGUAAUUACUUGGGAUGUCAGAAACUGGUCCACUAAUCCAUCAUCCUGCCUCAGCAGACUGAGAACACUUGUCUCUUGCAAGACCACUCUACUUUGCAAGUUGGUGCCCCCAGGAACCUGGCCAGGGGUGCUAUCAGAAUAUCAAGUGAAGAGAGAAGCAGCCUAAAUAGAAAGGGCUUGUCAAGACUGGCCAAUGUUUCCCAGGAAAUCAAAGAUGUAAAUGAUUACUUUCAUCCGUCCAUUCUAACAAACCUGACCACAGUGGAAGAUGUCUUAAAUUUCCUUCCCAGGUUUUAUACUAACCCAACUGAUACAUUAAAGAUUAGUGAAGUCACUUUAAAGGAAUGAGAGGGUCAGUUUAACCUAAUCAUUCAUUUAUCUGGACUGUCCAAGUCACUAUAAAUAAUCAAGUUCUAGAACCAUCACCUGUAAUGAGUGUGUCAUCCAGAGACUGCCACCCCCAGGAUGACAUCCACAGAAAAUGACAGUGGGCUCAACCUAGGACUUCUUUUGGUACAAAGCCCCAAAGCAAUUUUUAAAAGAUAAAUAAUUUUUAUUGGUAGACAUAUUUCCUAGUACACAAUGGUUUCACCCUCCAAGCAAGAUUUCCACUAAGAAAAACCAAUCACCUGGUGGGGAUGUGGAACGAUUCCCUAGUCACUAGUAAAGCUCCAAGAGGACAUUCUUCUUAUCAGCACGUUGUGCAACAUCCCACCCUCAUUGUGGAAGAAAAAAAUGGUCAUUUUUGACAAAGUCUUCACUCCUGUGCAGAACCAUGAGUUACUAGCUUCGUUAGUUCCAAGAUAACUUUUAACUGAUCUUUGGAAAUUGAAUUCUCAGUUGAACUAAGCCUUUGAAACCAUGAGUAAAUAACAGAUCACAGUAUAAUAAUGUCAAGCGACACGAACGCAGCAGGCCCCUUCACUCUUCAAUCAUAAACAUCUUGGAACUUGUCAAGUUUUACUGGAGGUGAUUUGCGCUUAAUUAAUUCAACAGACACUUUUAAACUUGCAAAUUCUUGACUUGUAAUGUUGUAAUCAAGCUACUGCAAGGGAACGUUAAUCAGUUAGUGGAAAGGAGCACUUGGGCCAGCAUCCUGCCAUGAGGGGCCCAGGCCUGAAAAGAGAGACCUCCAUGGAGGAGAGCUGAGGAAACAUGUGCUACCUGGCUCCUCAGCACUGAUGCUAUGAAUAUUCAUCCACUUUGUUUCUGCCAGCAAGCACUGCUUUGAAAAAAAAAAAAGUCAAUGGAUUCCUGGGGGCUUGUGUAGCUCAGAGUGGGUAUGAGUUAUGGAGACUUAUUUCAAAUGGAUUCAAAUCCACAUGUUGAAAGGGAAAACUAGUCACUGUCAUCUGUUUAAUAAUUGAUCUUUCUGAAUCCAGUUGCUGCUUUUACUUCAUUCCAUGAGACCACCAUUGCCAGCAUUGUAAUAGCCAAUUUGUGAAGCGUGAGUUGUCAUUCAGUCUCGGAGGUCAAAUCUGAACGGCUCCAGCUAUGGAAUUAUAAUAAUAAUCAGAUGCCUUCCUUCCUAGGUGGUGACAUGUCCAGUUCCAAACUCAUAUCCCCUUCCAUCUGGAAUCUACUGUCCUGUUGCUUCUCAGAUCUGACGAAAGCUUGGUGAUGAGCUUGAAGAUAGCCAGUUUAAUAUGCAAAUGUGUGUAUUUCCACUUAGAAGCAAACAGCUGGUCUUGUAAUUGAAAAUCAUGGUUCUUCUCCACUUCUCUUUUUAAAAGAAAGAUGUAACAGGUGGCAGAUGGCCAGCAAAGCGAAGAGGACCACUCGUUUCUCGCGUCCCUGUUGUCAGCUGUCUGCAUGCCAUUCUGAUUGUGCAAACUGCCCCUCCUGCGCUCCUCUCCCCUGCAGAAAUAAGGUGUACGUGUAGAGAUGGUGAAGACAUUUCCCCUAGAGCAGGCAGAGUGCCUGGACCCAAAUGAAAAUCUUGGCGGUUCUUGUGCUUUUCCUUUGUAAACACUGUACAAAUGUAUUUGGAAUUUCAUUUGCAAUGAAGAAUUAAACAAGUUAUUAAAUUUUUCCUUCCUGUAAAUAUAUAUAUGCAAAGUUCAUGUAUCCAAACAUCCCUUUAGCGUUCAGAUCGUAAGCGUGUCUCUAUCGGCUGGUGGCUGCCGUCCCCGGCAGUGACCCCGAGUGCUCGUGUUCCAAGCACAGUGCGUGGAGUAUUUGAUGUACUGCAGUACCAUAGUUAUUUUGGUCUGUUAAGUAAGUUGCAACUUGUGAUGAAAUGAAGUGGAAAGUAGUACUUCAUAAUGAAUCAAUUUCCUUGGUUACCUGAUUUUUCUUGUAAAACUUAAAAAAAAAACUUGAAAUUUUAUAUAUUUGGAUUUUGUAG